AUGGAAAGGUCUCAAACCUGCUUCGACACUCGGUACACACAUACAACACCCACGGCAAAUCCCCAUUUCUAUUCGUCGAAAUUGAUUAAUCCUGGCAGCCACAAGCAGCUUACUCAGGAUCCCAAACAGAAUAUGACAGACCCGGAGAGCUCUUACCGGCCGCGUUCCCCAGACUUUUCCUCCUUCCCAUCCUUCCCGAACACCUUCAACAACGCGUAUCAGCCACAACUACCCUAUCUCACUAGCCCUCACGGGCAACGCGCUUCUUACGACGCCUCGCCAUUUUUUGCCUCUGGUUAUCAACCUCCGGUUGUGAAUAGCCGAAUACCACAGCAACAAUUCCAGCAACCGUUCUAUAAUCCCGCCUACGAUAACAACGGUUACGACAAUAACGCGUACGACGACAUGGCAAGACGAAGUGCUCGCUUGUCAGCACAACAGGCUCAAACUCAUGCCCAUGUACAACCACAAGCACAACAUCAGCAUCCAAUCCACCACCAACCACCACCACCACCACCUCACGAACCAAUCCAAGUCCACCAUCAAGCACCUCUCCCUCAUGCUCAUCCCUCCGAGCAGAAUUUCAUAUUCGACCAACAAGUCGCCGCAGUUGCCCCCAAACAAGAACCAUACGAACGCCGAUCAAAACCAUGGGAUGGCAUUGACGUGAAAACGAAAUUCCCCGUAGCUCGGAUAAAGCGUAUCAUGCAGGCGGACGAAGAGGUGGGAAAGGUGGCUCAAGUGACACCAAUCGCAGUUUCCAAAGCACUUGAACUCUUCAUGAUUUCCCUCGUCACGAAAGCCGCACAAGAAGCCCGAGACCGGAAUUCAAAACGAGUUACGGCCGCACACCUGAAACAAGCCGUCGCCAAAGACGAAGUUCUCGACUUUCUAGCAGAUAUAUGCUCCAAGAUCCCCGAUCAACCAGCUCGCAAGAAUGAUGAAGACGGCAGUGAUCAUAACGAAGGAGGGAAACGAAAAUCAGGCGGCGGCAGAAGGAAAAAGGAUGUUGAAAGUGAUGAUUUUUAA